AUGUCUUCUGCAGUAGCGGAGCUGGACUCCAUCUUGCAGUCCAUGCUCAACCUGAAGCCGCCAGGAGUUUCUGGUUCGAAGAUUACCUCCAUCACCUCGCUCUGUACCGCCAAUAUCCAAUCUGAGUCGGUCCUGAUCCAGAAGAUCUAUACACAUUUCAAAAAGACGCCGGGAACGCACAAACUGGGAGUACUCUAUGUUGUAGACUCGGUAACGCGACAAUGGGUAGAUCAAGCCAGAAAGACGGGCCAACAACUCGGUAGCGGAGCCCCUGAUGGUACCUUCGCCGCUGGGGUGACUCGAGUGACUGAAUUACUGCCUGUGCUCAUGAACGACAUCAUCGCAACAGCGCCAGAAGACCAAAAGGUCAAAAUCAAGAAGCUCGUUGAGAUAUGGGAGCGCUCAAAUACGUUUCCUACCCCUUUGCUCACAUCGAUCAAGGAAAAGCUUGACGCCCCAAGAGUCUCAACUACGCCAGAGAAGUCGCCAGCGCCUGGCUUCGUUCCCCUAGGUCAACCAGCCCCUAAUCCCGCCUCUACAGCGCCACCUCAACAAGACACUUCAGCCAUCCUCGAGGCCCUCAAGAAUAUGGCAAAGCAGAAUGCUGCAGCACAGCCAGCCGCUCCCGCGCAAUCUAGUUUGAAUAAUCUGUUAGGCACGCAGAAUGGGACCGCUCCGUCGACCAGUACCGUAAACCCAGGCCUUGCUCCCGCUCCCGCUGCCGCCAAUGGGCAGGCUGUAAACCCGCUCGGAGCUCUAUUUGCUGGACUGAGUAAUGGUGCACAAAAUCAGAGUCCUGCGAAUGUGCCUCAGAAUCCGCUCAAUGCGUUUCUUCCUCAGCCACAAGCUCCUGCUACGGUGCCACAAAUGCCCGCUCUCUUAGGUCAAGAUCCUCAAGCUCAGUUCCAAAUUUUGCAGCACCUGGCUGCUUCAGGCGUGCCUCCAGAACAAUGGGCUACUGCAAUUCAAUUGAUCAACCUGCAAAGUGCCAAUGCAAACAUUGGCGGUGUGCCUGGCCUUCCCUUUCCGCCAGCUCUGCCAGCAAACAAUUGGGCUGGUCAGCCGCCGGCAGGUCAGUCACGUGACUCCCAUACUCGCUCACCUCCGAACCAGUAUCGACGCCGGUCUCGCUCUCCGGGGUAUGACACUGGCAGGCGCCGAGAUAUGUCUCCCAGGCGCCGCAGAGACAGCCCAGGCCCUGAUCAGUACCGUAAUGAUCGUGAUGGCAGGCGUGGCAACGACUAUCGUCAACGCAGCCCGGCUGGUCGGAGACGUCGAACUUCGACACCACCCACAAGUGAUUUCAAGCUGCCACCACCCGGCCCGAAGAACAUAACUUUGGAUCACUCUCUGCCAAAAGGUCACAUCAAGGUAUACAGUCGAACUUUAUUUGUGGGUGGCGUCACCUCCAGUGAAGCACACUUGCGAUCAAUCUUCAGCAAGUACGGAAUAGUUCAGACCUGCAUUGUCAACGUGGACAAACGUCAUGCCUUUGUGAAGAUGAUCAAUCGUCGAGAUGCAGAGAGUGCCCGCACUGGUUUAGAAGAGUACAAGGCUGGCGAGACGCAAUUACGUACUAAAUGGGGCGUGGGUUUCGGACCACGUGACUGCAGCGACUACACGACCGGCAUUAGCGUCAUCCCCAUCGAACGCUUGACAGAUGCCGACCGCAAGUGGCUGGUGACGGCUGAAUACGGUGGGACAGGUGGUCUUCCGAUCGAACAGUAUAUGGUGGUUGAAGAACCCGACAUCGAGAUUGGUGCGGGCGUUUCCUCCAAAGCCAUGAGCCGGCGCAUUGCCACCGAUCAGGGUGGUCGGCGGGGGCCAAUAUCUUCUCGCCAGCAUUCCGGCCGCGACGAUGGACAUCGAGACGAUGAUCGCCGGGGGGAUCGAAAUGAUAGACAUUCGGCUUCCAGCAACACCGGUGGCGGUGGCAUGGCAGCAAUGCCCUUUCCAAUGAACUUUGGAAAUAUGCCUAACGGCAUGCCUGUCUUCGCAGGGGGGUUUCAAUUCCCUCAAUCCCAGCAACAGAACAAGCAGGAUUAA